AUGAAUCUGGAAAGACCGUUAUUUCAAGGAGGAAUAGUCCCUCCGCCUGGAUUCCCUCAAUAUGGAAUGCCUACAUCGAUGAUGGUGGGUUUGCAUACUAACCCAUCUAUGUAUUCUGAUAGCAUGAUGGCCACAGGUACAUCUAUGAAUCUAGAAAGUCGACCAACAUGGGUAGGAUAUAUGCCCCAAUCGUCCCCAUCACUAAAUACUACGUCUACAUUGUCUAUUAGACAACAAAUAGACGAAAGUAACCAUGAUAUGGUGAAUGCCAUAACACAACAAAUUGGGACUAUUUUUACUCCCAUGAUAAAUAACACAAACCAUAGUUAUGAGAUGUUGGCUGGUCAAAUGGCUAGAAUAGCAGAAUUUUUUGGGACACCACCAGUUCCACCUCGACCCAUUCCCCAAGUUUCGAAUGUAAGAGUAGUAGAAACACCAGGAAAUGGAGUUAGAAUAGAAACUCAACAACAGGUGCCAGAGCGAUACGAAGAGGAGCACAUUGAUCAAAAUAUCCCAAGAGUUGUACAAUGGAAUCAAGAUGCACAUCAAGUGUUAAGACAUGUCCAGCAAAAUGCUCAUAUUGGCCACAAUAAUAUUUCAAAUGUAGUGGAACAAAUCUUAGUUCAAAAUGGGAUAAAUGUAGGACUUCAUAGGCCUAAUUUUGUGUCCCCCUUGUCAGAAUAUGUUAGGCAAACUGAGUUACCUAGGGGGUGGAAAGUCCCAAAAUUUACUAAGUUCGCUGGCGAAACUGGUGAGUCGACAGUUGAACAUGUCGCCAGAUUUCAGACUGAAGCUGGUGAUCUUGCCAAUAAUGAGAACUUGAAAAUGAAGUAUUUCCCAACUUCUUUAACAAAAAAUGCUUUCACUUGGUUCACAACCUUACCUCCACAGUUUGUAUUUUCUUGGAACCAAUUAAAGAUUAUUUCACGAACAAUUUUAUAUGGGACAGUCGAAAAUUAG